CGAAAGCACUGGCUCAAUUGCUAGUGAAAACACCAACGAUCUUUGAUCAUCUUGAGUUGAGUGUCGAUUAUUGACAUUAAGGGCUACAACCCCUGUUCCUCCCGACGUUUACAACUUCACUCCGAUGUGGUUGCAGUAAACACAGUCACAUUUUUUUUUCUCAGAAUGCGUUCGCUACCACUAGUACCUUCCGGCAGCAGCUCCCGCUCCUCCUCCUCUGCCGGCCCGUGGCGUAGACAAAUUUGGCAACCGAGCUGCAUUGCUCAACCAAGUGCUCUAUUCGAGAUGCAGCAGCAGCUGCUGCGACCGCCGGCGAGACGGUUCUUCUCCGACUUUGCUACUGCUGCUUCAGCGGCAUCUACUAGUUCUUCGGGUUCGUAUCGUGCGAGCGGGACCACCGCAGGGCGACAAAACAGAUCGCAAGGCGGGAAUGGUACUAGCAGCAUGGGAAGAACACGAAGUCCCAGAACACCAACAACGUCGCCUCCAGCAAACACCAUCGGAUCGAUGCGGGACUCCCGGGCGGUGGACUUUUUCCGGCUGGUGCAAGAGCCGGAUUACCGAGGUCUGAAGCAGCAGUUUGUAGUGGUGGGAAAGAAGUUAAUUCUGGAGCUGCAGAGAAAAGCGAAUCUGGAACCGCUCGCAAUCCUGUGCCCCUGGAAAAACAGGUGUAGGCCUGAUUUUUUGGGACAGCAAGGGGGAACAAGUGGGUCGUACUAUAAUGCAAAGGAGUGGGUAAAAACAAGUAGUCAGCACAAUUUGUCGAAUCUCGGCGUCCAUGCGCACGAGCGGAAACAGGCAGGGUUUCAAGCUUUGAUUGAGAAGCAUACCGAUUUUCGUGACGAUUUUCAGAAUUCUGGUACAGCUGGGGACGAGGACGAGGAAUAUGACGAUAAAGCUCCAAGUGCCGGAAAUUAUACCGACUGCACGAGCGGUUGUAGCACGAGUUUGGAUCCAUCUUUCCUCUCAACGACGGGGCGCAGCUACAAUUCGCUGUACAACAACCCCUCCACCCGAUCCGCAAACCCCAACACCAGGAAUUUGAUCAAUCUCCUAGAGUACCAGUUUCCGAAGACGCGGGAGAUCAUCAAGACUGAGGAGAAACCGCUGCGAAAAAUUUCGAAUCUCCGGUCCUUCAAAAAUGAACUGAUCGCGAAGUACGAGUUUCCGUCGAACAUCUUCGCGAAAUCUUUGUACGGCGAAAGGCAAAACCGCACCGCGCUAACCGAUUUGCCGCACGGAAAACUGAUUCUGGCGCUGGAAGACGUCCCUGAUCCGGGGACGCUGGGUACGAUUCUGCGAUCCGCCCUGGCGUUUCAGUUCCACGGCUUGUACUUUCUGAAGAAUUGCGCCGAUCCCUUCUCGCCGGAGUGCCUUCGGGCGAGCCAGGGCGCCCUGCUGCACCUGCCGUUUGUGAAGAGCACGGACUUUUACCAGUUUUACAACGUGUACUGCGAACAGUUUCUGGCCCAAAGGGACUUUGCGUUCUUCGUGUUGGCCGAUGGGGUGGACGUGAAAAGACAUGACGCAGCAGUGCGCAGGAAGAGGGCUGCUGCGCGGAUGGGACAAGUAGGUGGAAUGGAGGGGCAUUAUGAAGAUGUUGAAGUUCAUCAUCAACAAAACGAGGGAAUGUAUAAUUUGGGCUGUACAGGAGCUAUGGAAGAGGAAGAAGAUCAUCUGAUAAGCCCGGAACACGAUGGUCUUCCGUCGAGUCGAAGUGCACCAGGGGACCGCGACGCUUCCGAACCGGAUCAGGGGGGAACAGACCAGGUCUCGCGUGCUUCCCACAGAACGACGAACAGGUUUCGUGUGCUGCACGCUGGGCGUCACAUGCGUUCUGGCAACAAAUCAGCCCCCUUUUCGACGACCAAGCCAGGGGAAAGUAUUUCUGAAACGGGACGAGAUACAGUGCUUGACACGAAAACUGCCCCAUCGCAAGAGGAACAAAACGUAGAAAGCGCCAACCUGUUCCGAGAAGUGUUUAAGCUCGGAGAGCACAGUUUGGCGAGAAAAAAGCAAAAGGGUGCGUUGUUGCUGAUCCGGGGAAGCGACUACUUGGAGUUAGACGCCGCCGUGGGUUGCGGUGAUGUUGAAAAGAACCGCCUUCACUACAAUCGUCGCGAAACACCCGCAAAGUUCACGAAAGUAGUCCCGAGUGAAGUAACUUCCACUGACAUUCCGCUUUCGGUGAAAGCUUCCUCUUUGCUGUACCAAAUCCGCACGAAACUGCUACCCGACGCGCCGCAGACUGGGUUUAUGGCGUAGAGAUAACUCGAGAUAAAAAAAUCUAAUGACCUUAUCAUGCGCCCCGUUUACAUUUUUUUGGCGUCAGCUGCAUUAGCAUCAAGAGGUGUUACAAGUCGU